UGUCUCUCUUCAGAAACCACACCUACCUGCCUAACCUCUCUCUCUCUCUCUCUCUCUCUCUAGAAUGGAUAAAAGGCCAUGUGACUCCGGCGGCGAUGCAGAGGUGAGAAAAGGGCCAUGGACUAUGGAAGAAGACAUGAUCUUGAUCAACUAUAUCGCCACCCAUGGUGAUGGUGUAUGGAACACCCUAGCUCGAUCUGCUGGUCUGAAACGAACCGGAAAGAGCUGUAGGCUCCGGUGGCUGAAUUACCUCCGACCGGAUGUUAGGAGAGGGAAUAUUACACCAGAGGAACAGGUUUUGAUCAUGGAACUGCAUGCUAUGUGGGGUAACAGGUGGUCAAAAAUUGCAAAGCAUCUACCAGGAAGAACAGACAAUGAGAUAAAGAACUACUGGAGGACGAGGAUCCAAAAGCAUAUGAAUAAGCAAGGCGAUCAUCAAACUUUGAGCGGUGGACAAAGCUCCGAGGCUGAUCAUAAUAUGGAUCAAGCCAGCACAAGCCAAGCGAUGCCUGGUCCGCAUGAUGCGGAUCAUCAGCAUCGUGAUGCAGCUGAUCAAAUCUACUCUCCACCAUCUUACCCAGAAAAUCUUGAUACUUUCUCUGCUCCUUUUCCCACUGAAUCAUCAAACGACAACGUCUGGAGCAUGGACGACCUCUGGUCUCUGCAGCUGCUUAAUGGGGAUGGGGAUUAAAUAAUAUCUAUAUAUAUAAAUAUUUUUCUAUAUAUCUAUAGAUAAAUAUGUUAUAUAUACUAUAUUUUGGAUCACUGUUUUUUUUUUAUUUAUUUAUAUAUUUUAUAUCCGAUUGUCCAGACCAACUUACGUCCACCUUGACUAAUGCGGGACUCAUGCAAAGCGAUCCUUCCAUAUGGAUCGAAUAAAUCUUGGCAUAGCCCGCAGACGUGGCCCCAAGGAGCAUAUCAAUGUUAUAUAUAUAGGUCAAUGGUAUAUGUAGUUUGGAUCAAUAUUAUAUAUAGGUCUGUUUAUAGUUGAAACUUUUUAAUAAUUUAAGUGUGGGCUGUAAUAGAAUGGGGAGACCUAUACUCUACAUCUGAUUAUGUAUAUAGUGUAUUGGAGUUUUAGUCA